AUGUCUACUAUACAGCAAAACCUGGAACAGCAUAAUGCAGAGUAUGCCUCUCAGUUCACCAAGGGGCAUCUGGCGUUGCCUCCAGCAAAGAAAUAUCUCGUCUUAACGUGCAUGGAUGCUCGCAUCGAUCCAGCGGCAGCUUUCGGCAUCGAUCUUGGUGAUGCACAUGUGAUACGCAACGCGGGCGCCAGCGCGCGGGAUGCGCUGCGGUCCAUAAUCAUUUCGGAGCAGUUAUUAGGAACCAGGGAGAUUAUACUGAUCAAGCACACUGGCUGUGGCAUGUUGACAUUUCAAAACGAGGAUGCUCACGGUAUCGUCAAGAAGAACUUGGGAGAUGCGGCGGCAAAGAAGAUUGAAGGGUUGGACUUUUUGCCGUUUCCCGACUUGGAGCAGGCCGUCAGGGAUGACGUCGAGUUUUUAAAGAGCGUCGAGACUGUUCCAAAGGAUGUCACUGUCAGCGGAUGGGUGUAUGAGGUGGAAAGUGGAAAGGUGAGACAAGUUGUCUGA